AGGUAUCAUUGCGAAAUUAAAAAUUGUACCAUCCCAGGGAGUCUGUCAGCUGAGUGCUUGACAUAUGCCUUGUACAUUUUUAACUUUCGAAGGUUUAGUUUCAUUAAUUUAUUUGUCGCCGUGCUAAGUGUGCCUUUGUAGUCAAAUAAUGGCAGCCAGGAUUUUCAUGAAAAGGCCUUUGGAACUAGGCAAAACUUUCCGCAAGGCUUCUACUAAUUUGUCUGCGUUCGAAAUCCAGCAUAAGUCUCCUCUAGUCAAGAAGCAGCAAAAAAUCCCUGUUGCUCUUUAUGGUGGAAGGCAUGCAGUCACCAUGUUACCAGGAAGUGGCAUAGGCCCAGAGCUUAUGGCCUAUGUGAGGGACGUUUUCCGUUAUGCUGGAGCUCCAGUUGACUUUGAGACCAUCAACAUUAACCCAAACACUGAUGAGAGUGAUGACUUGAUCCAUGCCAUCACCUCGAUCAAGAGGAAUGGAGUUGCUAUUAAAGGAAACAUUGAAACUAAAAGUGAAGACACUGAGGUGCAGUCAAGGAAUGUAGCCAUCCGCAAUGAACUUGAUUUAUUUAUUAAUGUUCUAAACUGUAAGUCCUACCCAGGUGUUAAAUGCAGACAAAGUAAUAUUGAUAUUGUUAUUAUUCGGCAAAACACUGAAGGAGAGUAUGCUAUGUUGGAACACGAGAGUGUGCAUGGUGUGGUAGAAAGUAUGAAGAUUGUAACACAAUCUAACUCUGAAAGAGUAGCCAGGUGGGCCUUUGAAUAUGCUAAGAGGCAUGGAAGGAAGAAGGUGACCAUUGUGCACAAAGCAAACAUCAUGAAACUCUCUGAUGGUUUGUUCUUAGAAACUUCAAGGAGGAUUGCUAAGGAAUAUCCAGAAAUUGAACAUAAUGACAUGAUCAUUGAUAACUGCUGCAUGCAGCUUGUGUCCAACCCUCAUCAAUUCGAUGUCAUGAUCAUGACCAAUUUGUACGGUAGCAUCGUUUCCAACGUCAUCUGCGGUUUGAUUGGAGGUGCCGGUCUGCUAUCCGGAAGAAAUUACGGCGAUCAUUACGCCGUUUUCGAGCCUGGUACUCGUAACACCGGCACAGCGAUCGCGGGAAAGAAUAUCGCCAAUCCAAUUGCCAUGUUGAACGCAUCCGUAGACAUGCUCGAGCAUUUAGGUCAUCAGCAACACGCAGACAUGAUUCAGCAAGCCAUCGUUAAGACAAUUUGCGAGGAUAAUAUUCAAACUCCAGAUCUUGGAGGUCACCACUCGAGCAGUGAUGUUGUUCAAAGAGUCAUCGAUCAUAUUGUACAUUCAGAUAGAACCUGGUAAAUUAAUUGGCUUAAUUGGAAUGCCUAAUUGCCACUUAACUGAUUAACGGGUGUCUUUUGCGAUGAAAUUAAUUGAACAGUAUUUCUAACAUUCCUUUCUACUUUACUAACUUUAUACUCUAUUAAUGGACUGUUUUUAGUUAUUAAUCAUUUAUUUUCUUUUUAUCAUUUUAUGCUUUUACAAUACUUCUACUGACUUAUUUUUUUGUUUUUCUUUCUCUUUUCUCUCUGCUGGCACUAUCAGAGCUUAAAGCGAGGUGCAAAUAUUGUUUGAAUGAAGCAAUGCGAUUGACUCUGACGCAUAUUUUAUU